GAAUGUGUAGUGGUGUGGCCCCCACCCGCAUCCGGCCAGUCGGUCGGUCGGUUGGACUUGACUGACACGACCGAGAGCGGCGCAGUGUAUAGUCAAACGCACACUUGUGUCCGAAUUCACACUGGCAUUACUGCGUGAAAAUAUGUGUUGCCAACCAAAUGGCUGACUAUGUGAAUCCAUACCAAGCAUAAUAUUCCUUUUGAAACUUCAGAGAAAGCCACCAUUUGAAUGGAAAUACUGCAGCUUUUUGUAACGUUUGCCAUACGAAUUAUCUUGCCUUGCAUCCUGAGAGUGGAAUGCACAUUUUCGGCACAGCCAUCAGAAACCUUGCGCUACUACAUUUCAGAAGAGCUUCCAAAAGGCACCGUUGUUGCCUCAGGUCCUUUACUGGGAUCAAUCUAUUCCCAUUUACCGAAUGGAAAACCCCUUAUUAUAAACCAAAAAGAGCCAGGUGUUUCCAGCUUCACAUUCAGACACCAAGCAGGGGACCCUACAGGUACUAAUAUAUUAUCAGUUAGCCAAUUAGUAAUCAGUGAUCGUGUCGACCGCGAAGCCAUUUGUCCCAGACCACAAAGCAUUAGUGAUUCAACCCAUAAUUAUGGUCCGGUGGAUUUUCAAAUCGAAACCGAUUCUAUGGCUCUGACAAGGGUCUUCAGUUCAGAAGACAUAGAAAAGUAUCUUCACAGUGAUUGUGCUGUUCAUAUCCGAGUAGCUACAUUGAACGAUGGUGUGCAGAGCAUCCACCAGAUUACCGUAUACGUCCAAGACAUCAACGAUAACGCCCCUGGUUGGCCGAUGCGUUCCACCGUUGUGUAUUUUAGAGAUGGAGAUCCAGCCGGAGCCAAACAGCAAAUCCCAUUGGCUAGUGACUUAGAUGUUGGAGUGAAUGCUAUUAUUGUAUACCAGCUAAAGGUUUUCAACUCAGGUCUUACUAUCUCUUCUCCCACCGGCUCGAGUCAGAUUACGGUGACGGACAUCUUUGAAUUGAACAAAGAACCAAGCACUUCAGGUCAUGUGGGAGGAAAGUUGUUUUUAGUAGCAAAACAUGACAUUGAUCGAGAAGCUAGUCCAAAUGGAUGGGACUUAAUUCUUUUGGCAUCCAAUAUCGGACCCAACAGAGCUCUUUCUUCUCAGCUGCACAUACACAUCAACGUGACAGACGUCAAUGACAACACCCCACGAUUCACACAAGAAGUUUAUCAACCACAACUGCCAAACCAGAAGGCAGGCAUCGUCCCGGAAACAAUGCCCGUCGGACAGGUAGUCGUUCGCGUGCAAGCAACUGAUCCAGAUGAAGGCUUAAACGGAUUAGUCUCUUACGAUUUUGUACCAAGUCCUGAAGUGACCACAAUAAAGCAUUUUUUUGAACUCACUCAGACAGGGGAACUAAGGACUCGGAAUCGUUUGCAAGUGGACAAAUUGCUCCAUCAAGGAGAAACGUUAGCGAAUCAGAUCAGUUUGCCAACAGGUCUGAUGACCAUUGAAAUUCAAGCUGUUGAUGGUAGUGAACCAGCAUAUGCCAGAACUGGAUACGCAACUGUGAAACUUCGUGUGGAAGAUGUUGAUGAUGAAGCUCCGGUGAUCCGAAUUCAUCCAGUUCGUCCAUGGACUGAUCCGGUUAAACAGGAUUCAGUGCCAAAUACUGCAGUCGAACUUGCUGUGUCAGAGAACGAAAUAGUAGGUCAGUUACUUGGAUUGAUUGAAGUGAGCGACCCAGACAACGGAGAGCACGAAACGCUUCGAUGUAACCUAGUGUCCACCACGGCGCAUCUAUUCCGUCUCAGUCAACAAGAUACAUCAGGACAUGAAUUCAGGCUCUACACUGCCAGUAAACUGGAUCGCGAGAAAACUGAACGAUUGCUUGUGACAAUUGAAUGCAGGGACUUAGUUGAUCACGUUUCUUCAGUUAAUGUGGGAGUUAAUGUGAUUGAUGUGAACGAUCACGAUCCACAGUUUAAAGAGACUCUUUAUCAAUUCUCGAUAUUCGAAGAUGAUGGGGAGCAGGUUUCCACAGUAGCCGAACCACAAAAUCGUAGUUGGUUAACGUCAACAGGUCGUGCGUUUGUGGAGGCUACCGAUCCUGAUUAUGGUGAAAACCGGCGUAUAGUUUAUAAACUAAAAGACACAUCCGACGCUAUGAGGCGAUUGUUCUCCAUUAACCGUGAUACCGGUGAACUAUAUGCAUUAGGACCAUUCGACAGAGAACAGGCUCCGGAACAUCAGAUCGUUGUCCUUGCAAUGGACAAUGGCGAACCGACGCUUACCGGUACAUGUGUGGUCGAAGUCACGGUCUUGGACGUAAACGAUAACCCACCUAUGUUUAGCCCAGAAAUCAGCUCAAGUGGCGGCUAUACUUUUACUGUGCUGGAAAAUCAAUUACCUGGUACAAAGGUAGGCAGGAUCGAAGCCUAUGAUGUUGAUCAGUUACCUGCGCCUUUCAGUGGACUUGACCUAUUGCAUGGCAACCAUGACAAUCGCAGUUAUUUGAAUCAGCCUAUAGAACGCAUAUUUAAAGAAUAUCUCAGGUACGGCUUACAAAGUGAACCGGACUCAAAAGCAUUCUGGAUUGACCCCAAGUCUGGAACCUUAAUAACUCGACUUAUGCUUGAUCGGGAGAAGCAGUCAGUAUACACCUUUCACGUAACUGUACGAGAUGGAAUAUCAGAAACUGGGUCCAGAAUAGCUAAUAAAAACCCGCAAGAACGUUUGAAUUAUGGAGCCAGUAUCCUCGCAGGAAGAGUUCACGAAGUCUCCGUCCUAGUAACCGUAACGGUGGGAGAUGAGAAUGAUAAUGAUCCGGUUUUUAUUCGUCCAAAUUCCACAAACCACAUGGUCAUUUUGGAUCCCACAGCGAUCCCCGGGCAGUCAUUGCAUCAACUCUACGCCACUGAUCCGGACGAGGGACCAAAUGGUUUAAUCAAAUAUGCAAUAAAAGGAGGCAACUCAGGAGCUUUAUUUAAUGUGGAUCCUCGAACCGGCCUACUGUAUCUGGAAAAUCAAAUCCCGAGAAAUGCCGUCAAUGUUCCUAACCCCUUGACAAUCGAAUCUUCACUCAAGACUCGUGGACACGGGGAUACAAGCAAUACCGACUUCCCGCCGAAUCCAACCUAUCUGCUAGCGCUAGAGGCCUGUGAUCAUGGUCAACCACCAAGAUGCUCAACAUUUCCGAAUUUACAAAUACAGACGCGGACGCCAAGCUCUCGAACAAUGGAUAUGUCCCACGAUGCUUCAUUCCUGUUAGACGGAGCAACAGUGGGAAAGCAAAUGUUAAAAGGAGCAGAACUGAUGUCUCAAGGUGUGCAGAAACGCGAACGUCAGUCAGAAUACCUGUCAGCAGCGGAGAUCAUAAUCAUUACACUUUCCAUCUUCUUCUCCGUAAUCGUUAUCGGCACUGUGAUUUCUGUGUGCAUAGUGCGAAGGGGACAAGGAUUUAGGGAUUAUGAACAAAAGACGCGAAAGUCGGCCAACGUUACUGCUACUCCAAAUUCGACAAAUAUGGAACUCAUUAAUCAUCACUUGAAAUCCCCACACGGGUUGUACUCAAGUAAACUUUCACCAGUACUACAACCUGAUGGAUGUGGCGGUCAAUGGACGUUCGCCAACCACACGGAAGAGAGCGAGGCGGGAACACUUCCACGAGCGGGGAUAGAUUUGCUUAAAUCUGGUGGUCAUCAAGUUAUGGAUACCAGGUUUCAAUGUGUCCCCGAUAUUGUACGCCAGCCUCAGUUUGUCGAGCAACACUAUGGAAUGAGGCAUUCGAAUUGUGAUUACGGUUUGGCUAAUUACAAUUAUCCACCAGGAGUCGGAAACAUGCGCAACGAUUAUCAAUCAUUGGACAACUGGACUGUACUGGACUCGGUCAAACUUGCUGGCAGUGGAGUGAUCAAGCCAGAAAUAAUGACCUAUCCUCUUACAUCCAAACCGUCAGAUGAUUCACCACAAGUUAAAGAUCACAAUCAGAUGGCCAGGGAUGCAAGGAAAACAAACUGGAUCACUACAAACGUGGAAUCGAUAGAUACCGAAUUUUCAACUUGUGAACAACCAUCCGCAGGGGAUGUAGAAGUCACGAUGACUCCUCGCCACUCUAAACCACACAAAGAAAGACAAAGCAAGAUCGCGCAUGGCUACAUGGGUUUCCCAAAAUCUAGUUUUGUAUGACGGCGAACAGUAUGCAGAUUUCGCCAUCACUUAAGUCAUUCCGCUGAAUGGAAAGUGCACAAUUUUAGCAUGCGCAGAAUUAACCGCUCACCACAUCAAUGUGUGACCCAGUUCAACGGGAAAGUAUAUUGCAGACCUAGCCUGCAGUAACGUCCCAAGGAUAAAUUGUGAUAUAUUUUAAAUAAUCACGAAUUUUUAAGUGCCAUUUAUUCUUCUUCUACAUAUUUUAUAUCGCUGACCUUCGCUUAGUCACGAACCAGUAUUUUGAAUUUAGUUUGAAAAGAUUGAACAGCUAAUAUGGUUUUCCACUGCUUUGCUAUAUUUACUUGACAUGCUUAACUGAUAAGGAUAGCAUUACAAUGAUUGUUGGCCACAAAGCUGAACAAAUUUUACAGGUUUAUGUGGAAACUAAACUGUUAUUUAAUUAACUGCGCAGUUUAUAUCUAACCAAACUUUGUGAUAUUAG